AUGUCAGCUGCAGGCAUCGGCAACCUCAGCACGCUCAUUAAGAGGCUGGAAGCAGCGACCUCACGCUUGGAAGACAUUGCUCUCCACCAGACCUCCGGCUCUUCGCAGCGAGAACUCACGCCCGCAGGUGCAGGUGCGUUAGCUGGCGGCUCUGCUAAGCCACCUCCCCCUCCCCCUCCCCCACCCGCCGCGGUCGAACAGCCCAAGGAUGGUCCACCUGCAGUCAAGGCUUUCGAUGAAGCGCUCGAUCUGGUUCUCGACGAAUACAAACAGCUCAGUGCCAAGAUUGGCGGCACAGUACAGGAGCAGGCCGCCGCCGUUUUGAAGACUUUUAAAGCACAGCGUGAUCUCAUCUUGUUGGCUGCAUCCAGUCAGAAGCCAGCUGGAGGUGCCGCAUCCCCCGUCUUCGCUGACUUGCUCAAGCCUCUUCAGGCUGCUCUCACCGACGUCAUCGAGAUGCGUGACAAGAAUCGCGGCGAUAAGCAGCUCUUUAACCACCUCAGCACCGUCAGCGAAGGUAUCCCCGCGCUAGGCUGGGUUGCUGUUGAGCCUAAGCCUGCUCCCUAUGUCGGCGACAUGAAGGACAGCGCGCAGUUCUACGCCAACCGUGUCAUCAAGGACUUCAAGGAUUCCGACAAGACGCAUGUCGAGUGGAGCAGAUCCUUCACCAAGCUUCUUGAUGCACUCAAGGCCUACGUCCUCAAAACGCACACUACUGGUCUUGUGUGGAACCCGAAAGGUGGAGAUGCUGCGUCGUUCAAGGGUACAUCCAGUGCAGCUCCAUCCGGCGGUGCACCUCCCCCUCCUCCUCCUCCUCCGCCUGCCGCUGACCUGUCUGCUGGUGCGGUUGGUGGUGGUGCUGCGUCUGCUGGCGGCAUGGACGCUGUGUUCGGACAGCUCAACCAGGGCGAGAAGAUCACCAAGGGACUCAAGAAAGUCGAUACAAGCCAAAUGACACACAAGAAUCCCGAACUACGAGCCACUGCGGCACCAGCUGCUCCCUCUGCUACCAAAGCUGCACCACCCAAGCUUGCCGCCAAGCCAGCCCAGCUGAAAGCCAAGAAACCACCAAAGACCCAACUGGACGGCAACAAGUGGACCAUCGAGUAUCACGAGGACAACCGCUCCAUCCUCAUCGACCAAACCGAGAUCAACCAAACCGUCAACAUCUUCAACUGCAAGAACAGCAUCGUUCAGAUCAAAGGCAAGAUCAAUGCUGUGCAGAUGACGAACUGCACCAAAACAUCCAUCUUGGUCGACACGCUUGUUUCGUCGCUCGAGGUGACCGGUUCGCCUUCGUUUGCGGUGCAGAUUACGGGCCGUGCACCGACUAUUUUGCUGGACUCGUGUGAUAGCGGUCAGAUCUAUCUUUCGGACAAGUCGCUGGAUUCGGAGAUCAUUGCAGCUAAGUGCAGCGCGAUUAAUGUUAGUUUGCCAGUUCCGGGUGGAGAGGAGGGGGAGUUUCAAGAGUUUGCCUUGCCUGAGCAACUGAAGCAUACUGUUGACGCGAUCGGUGGGAAGGGUAAGAGCCGGGUCAAGACUGAGGUUGUUGCUCAUACGGGCUGA